GCAAACGUGACUGACAGGGACAGUUCAAAGUUUAAAGUUGCUUCUUGUUUCCAGGGAUAGUUACCGCUCUUUCCACAACUUUAUCACACUGGCGCCAUGUGGCUGACAGGAGGGGGGUCAGUAACCCCACACAGGACGACUUGUCAACUGCAAACAGGCCCUUGCGCCUUCUUUCAUCAGAUCAACCACCCCGACAUGAUGGUCGUGCAGCUGAUCAAAUCUUGGUCAUCCUCCGUCCAUAACUCGACGCUGUUUCGGUAGUCACGCAAGCCAGUGCUUCCAACAAUGCCAUCACACGCUACGCAAGGCGGGAAGCCAUUUGGCACCCAGCGUCUGUAUAACAUAGCCAAUCAGCAUGCCUUGGUAAUCGACUUCCCAGCUGUAUACAUCGCAGGUACCUACCUACCUACCUUGCAGUCAACAUUUUGUCACCAGUAUGGAGUUACUGCAGACGUCAGUAGGAACCCCGCCCCACUCAUACUGGCAGAGCAUCUUUCCUGACCUUUCCUAACAGCGAUGACCUCGUACUAGCGCGGUGGACAUUGGCAAAGGGUCUCUUGGAGCAAGGCCUAACCCCUGGCGACAUUCAACUCAUCCGGGGACUUGAUCGGGAGCGUACGGCAGACCGUGCAGUUCCGAGUAACACCCAGGGUUCAUCACUGUCAGAAGAGGAUUUGACUGGAAUCUUGCUGCAGUGGGCGAGUCUGCGCUUCACCUCGAGCAGUAAGAGCCAGGAGUUAAUCUUUCGCUUGUCGAGAAUCUGGCGAAGCUAGUGCUACAUAUCAUACGCCACAACUCUCUUGCGGUAGCUCCUAUUCUCUCAGCACUCCAUAUAUUUUUCGACACACUUGAAUCCUGUCGUAAAAAUGUCAGGAGACGUCACCUGAUCAGCCCAGAGAUGCGAAGGUCAUACCUUCAAUGUGUCAUCAAUGUAGUCAGCUUUCUCAGAGAGGUCCUUGACAUAUAUCGGGCCGGAAUCCUCCCAAUCGGUCCAAAGAACACUUUCCCCCUACAAGUAAGAGUACUGCCACUUUUGGCCAAGAAAUGCUGGCAUGUUGCGCAUCUGAUGGACAUUCUUCUUCAGUUGACGGCUCUGAGACACUCCCUGUCAACAAACCAACAAGUCGUACCCACAAGAUGCUUAUCGAAUAACCUCACACCUUUUCGAGACGGACCACAGAGCUCUGUGGCACUGUCAGACGCAGAUGCAGAACUCCCCUGUUUCGUUUUGCAAUCCACCAGACUUAGGUACAUGUUUGAGAUUCCCAGCGCCAUGGAAACGCUGGAGCAACACUUCAGAAAGCCUGACACACAAAAAAAAAAAAAAAAAAACCGGCGCAGAACACCUUCGUGCCCUAACAAUCACAAAUGAUGCCACUGCCAGUAGGAAGAGCAUGAUGACCCUUCAGUAUGCCGACAUGCUUCGUGCCCAAGAAGAGGUGGAUGCAAUAUUCUGGAUCCCAGAGGGUAACGUAGCCGAUGUUCUCUCUCAAACCUUCGGACACUAUGGCGGUUCAUCUCUGUCUUCCCGACGCAAAGCCGGGAGACUUCAAAACCAGCGGCAGCAUGUUCUUGAACCUGGUCAACAAAUACGGUAUAUGAUAAUGCGGACAGCGGUAGACUGGUGUACCGGUUUCUUCCCAACAGAUGCGGCGGUCAUGGACAAAUCAUCAUCACAUCAGACUCCUUUUAACCUGCCUGCUUCGCAUAUACUGACACCAUUCUCCAUCGCAGUCUCCUACGCAGCCACCUUUCGAGCUCUGUUGGAACAGAAUCGCAAUAAAAGCAAUUUUGACCGGCUGAGUGAUGAAAGAAUUACAACACUGGUUGAUUUUGUUUGCAGUAAACUGUCGGCUGACUGCAGCCGUAUCCCAAAGCUUGUCGGUAUGCUCGGUCGGGGCGUUUUUGACAUGUCCGACAUGGAGAGCCGUUUGGAACACUCCUCACUUCCUCGCUCCUCUUCUGAAAGUUUGUCAGAAACAGUUUUGGGGUUGGCGUUUGAGUCUUUGAGUUCACAGUGCCGCACAAUCCUAAAGAUCAUGUCGGUGAUAGAACCGACCUGCAUACCCAAGGAGCUGUUUGACCCCGUCUGUCUCCUGGAACCUCAUCCAUUGCUCAGCAUUCAAAUGGACGAGAAAUGUCUGCUGGCAUCGUUAGAGAACCUUGUCGCCUGCACGCUGAUAGAUAGCGAUGAGGAUCUGCAAUGCUUUUGUGUCGACAAUAUGGUUGCCCAAAAUAUCCUCAAGGGCUUACUAACAACAUCGGAAAAGCACACCGCGUUGAGCAAUGCAGCAAUUUUGCUCUCUAUCGCCUUUCCUGAAUGCCCUAGGGACAGGCGUCUGUACCCAGACCAUCAGGAUGGCUGUGCAAAAUAUCUAAAGCAUGCCCUGACCCUGCGUUGGUUAUUGACGAGAGAGUAUUCCAACAACAAGGAUAUGAAUGUCGUCACGAUGAAAGAUUUGUAUCGGUUGAUAAGCCUCGUCGAACAGUGA